ACCCUGCCAGGCUGAUCCGCGCUGCUGCCCACCUGCACUUGCUUAUUCUUCUUCGGCCACGACCAUCUUCCCACUUGCGAUACUCGAUUUUGGCCUGCAAUUCACAUGACUUGACCACGGAUCCCAGCGCAAUCGAACUAAAGUAUACACCUUCGGCGAAUAUAUCCAACAGCGACACGUGACCCCGACAGAAAAAAUGCAGAUCGAUGACACCUUCUUCUCGGUUCGGUUCAAAUAUGGCGCCCAUACAAUUCUGAUGUUUGUCGAUGGGCAGCAGAAGUUCUCUGAGAUUACCACCUCACUGCUUGAAGUGCUCCGCGACAGAUUCCCCAAUGGUCUCACAAUCAGUCACACCUCUUCCAAGACGAUAGCACUCCCAGAGGGCGAUGUACAGCUGGCCUAUGCGCUGCCUGUGAAUGCAGCCGACUUGACUCAGGGAUGGAAGAACAUCAAAGCCGACGAUAAAGACACUCCGCUGGUGAAAGGAUUGAAAGAUAAUUGUGUUGUGGCCUUUUCUUUUGAUGCGGAUGCGCCAGAGUUUCUUGUUGACGUGCCGAGUCUAGAUGAGGAAAUGGAGGACGAGGAGGGCAUGGGUUCGGACGCAUGAUUUGGUCAAGAGAUUACGGCAUAGAUGCAUGGCGUUAUGGCGAAAGGAAUCACGGCACUAGGGUUUGCCUCGGACUAGCACACGGUUGCUGCCGCAUGGAUAACAAUUGGUCACAGAAGCAAUCAUCUGGCUAAAUGCGAAUGUUUAUAGGACAGGUAGAUGAUUGAAAAGCAUGCGAGGACAGAGUUUUAUUUACGACGGUAAUGAUGGGCAACUGCAUUAGGGGUUGCCUUGUUGUAGAUACUAAAUACUCAGGUCAUCCUACGAACAGCUCCCAAUCAGUAAUUCCCCUGGUAUACUGAGG